AAAUAAAUCAAGAUACGCUGAAAUAUUUUAUGGAAAUAAAUGUGAUACACAAAGCAGAGAGACAAAUUCUAGUUAAUUGGCCAGUGGCGCCCCCCGAGAGAGCAGCGUGCCACAAAAAUGUUGAAAUAAAAGUCCACAGCGGAUCAACAUGCUGUUUGUACGCACACACACACUAGUAGUAUAUCCCCCCAAGAGCUCUGCCAGAGGGCAAAAGAACAGCAACAAUGGCUUGGCAGUUAAUAUUUAACAAGGGAAAUGGAGAGGAGCAUCAGGACACAGCCGAAAUGGAGAUACUCUACUGGAAUAGCACGGGAAACCCAGCAGCAGCAGCAGCAGCAGAGCACAUUGAUGCCAGGAGAAAACGGUGUCCAGGGGGGAGGGGAAAGGGAAAUAUCUGUCAUGUCGACGACAUCGACAUCGAUAUCGACGCCGUUGUCCGGCAGACGCUUGGCGACAGCCUGCCCCGGACAUGCACACACAUACAUUUAUACGAACUUACUGCCUCCUACUCCUCCUCCGCCUGCCACAUGCCUGCCACACGCAAAACAGCCAGAGAAGAGAGUGGAGGAGGAGUCAAUACGUUGCCUUAAUUGCUUACAAGUUGUUUGCCAUGUUGUUGCCGGAGCAUGUUUAUCGUUUAAAGUCAAGUGAAUUGACCUCAGCGCGAAUGACCCACUGGACGGAGGCAGAGACUGAAAAAGGACUCACUCACUCACUCCACACCACUCCCUCCCUCUCCACUGCCUCAUGGCGGCCCAGACUGUCGGCAUUGAUUUUUAUGGACCCCAGAGAUACUCAUCGUGGAAGCACAAGAGCCGACCACUUUAUGACUUUUUUAAUUACUUAUUUUGCUUAAAAUUGUGUAGUGUAGGCAAAUAAACAAACUGCA